CAAAGUGUUGUCUAAAUAUCCGAAAAUAGAAAUAUGCAAAUAUUGAAAUCCUCGCAGCUCACCCACGUGGCUAAAAUUACAAUAAAUUUUGCUUGUAAACAAUGGCUGAGAUCAAAGUUGUUCCGUUAGGAGCUGGCCAGGAUGUUGGUCGUAGCUGCAUAUUGGUGUCCCUGGGAGGUAAGAACGUGAUGUUGGACUGUGGGAUGCACAUGGGCUUCAAUGACGAGAGAAGAUUUCCUGAUUUUUCGUACAUCACUGAAUCUGGGAGAUCACUCACUGAGCACAUUGACUGCCUCAUAAUCAGUCAUUUCCACCUUGACCACUGUGGUGCUCUUCCCUACUUCACUGAAAUGUGCGGCUAUAAUGGACCAAUCUUGAUGACUCAUCCGACCAAAGCUAUCAGCCCCAUCUUACUGGAAGACUAUAGAAAAAUCAGUGUGGAAAGAAAAGGAGAACAGAAUUUCUUUACUUCCCAAAUGAUCAAAGAUUGUAUGAAGAAAGUGACCACCAUAAACCUGCACCAAACUAUCAAGAUUGAUAGCGCUCUAGAUGUGAAGGCGUACUAUGCUGGUCAUGUGCUGGGUGCUGCCAUGGUGUUGGUCACGGUUGGAGGGCAGUCGUUUGUCUAUACAGGUGACUACAAUAUGACUCCUGAUAGACAUUUGGGCUCAGCAUGGAUUGAUAAAUGUCAGCCUGACUUGCUCAUCACUGAAUCAACGUAUGCAACAACAAUUAGAGACUCCAAGAGGUGCAGAGAGAGAGACUUUCUGAAGAAGAUAAACGAAUGUUUGGAGAGAAAUGGAAAGGUUCUCAUUCCCGUGUUUGCUCUUGGUAGAGCUCAGGAGUUGUGCAUAUUGCUGGAAACCUUUUGGGACAGGAUGAACUUAAAAUAUCCCAUUUACUUUUCUCAAGGCCUGGCAGAGAAGGCCAAUCAUUACUACAAGCUGUUCAUCACAUGGACAAACCAGAAAAUACGGAAUACCUUUGUACAGCGAAACAUGUUCGAGUUCAAGCACAUCAAACCGUUUGAUAGGUCCUAUAUUGACCAGCCCGGACCCAUGGUGGUGUUUGCUACCCCAGGCAUGCUGCACGCUGGUCUCUCACUGCAAAUCUUCAAAAGAUGGGCCGAUGACGAGAAAAACAUGCUUAUCAUGCCCGGGUACUGUGUGGCAGGCACUAUAGGGCACAAGGUUCUCUCUGGGGCUAAGAAGAUUGAGAUAGACAAGAAGAUGGUCAACGUGAGGCUCUCUGUGCAGUACAUGUCCUUUAGUGCCCAUGCCGAUGCCAAGGGAAUUAUGCAGCUGUUGCGACAGGCUGCUCCUAAGAACGUGAUGCUGGUUCAUGGGGAGGCGUCCAAAAUGGAAUUCCUCAAACAAAAAGUGAUGAAAGAAUUUGGUGUUAACUGCUUCAUGCCGGCCAACGGGGAAACAGUGACCAUUAAAACUCCGCCCACAAUACCGGCUGACAUGUCACGCCUCCUUUUCAAGAAAACUCUAGAAUCUUGUUAUAGUCCGGAUGCUAAGAGAAUUUGUCCCUCUCCCAGCGUUGCCCCGGUAACAGGCCUGUUGGUGAUGAAAAAUGAUUCUAUCCGAAUGUUGGAUAGCUCCGAGUCAAUGUCUGAGGUUGGCCUCACCGCCCACACCCUCACAAUCUCCACCACCCUCACAGUCGAGGACCACGCCCACACACCUGCUCACUUUGUCGAUCAACUCGCUCAAGUGACGGCCAAAUUGCUACCUGACCAUGUCAUCAGUUGUCAUGACAACACUGUGGCUCUCUCGGGAACAUCUGUUACCAUCGAAGUUGUGAAUUUUGAAUCCAACCCUGAGAUGCUCGUUAAUUGGAAUAUUGAGGAUGAUAGCCUCGGAGAGUUCGUAUGCUCCUCUCUACGCAGGAACUUGUCUCGACUAUUAUGAACAUAAUUUUAAUUAAUUCUGCUGGUGUAAUAAUCUAUUUUUCGUAUGUUGUACAUACGUGUAUCUACAUUUAUCAAAAA